UUCACUUAUUACCGAUUAAUUAAGGUGAACACUAAGUGAUACGGUGAAAGGGCUCCGCGCAUUUUAUUUUAUUGUGAGAAACGAAGUUAAUAAAACCAAUCAAUCAAAAUGUGUGAUGAUGAUGCUGGAGGUCUAGUUAUGGACAAUGGGUCCGGAAUGUGCAAAGCCGGAUUCGCUGGAGAUGAUGCACCACGUGCUGUAUUUCCAUCCAUUGUCGGUCGUCCUCGCCAUCAGGGAGUCAUGGUCGGUAUGGGUCAAAAAGAUUCCUAUGUGGGUGAUGAGGCCCAAAGUAAGAGAGGUAUUUUAACGCUGAAAUAUCCAAUCGAACAUGGCAUUAUCACGAACUGGGACGAUAUGGAGAAAAUCUGGCAUCACACCUUCUACAAUGAAUUGCGUGUAGCACCAGAAGAACAUCCAAUCUUGCUUACUGAAGCACCUCUAAAUCCAAAGGCCAAUCGUGAGAAGAUGACCCAGAUUAUGUUCGAAACGUUCAACUCGCCAGCUAUUUAUGUUGCUAUUCAAGCAGUGUUAUCACUAUACGCGUCUGGCCGUACUACGGGAAUCGUUUUGGAUUCUGGUGAUGGUGUUUCGCACACGGUACCCAUUUACGAAGGAUAUGCGUUGCCACAUGCAAUUCUUCGUUUGGAUUUAGCCGGUCGCGAUUUGUCCGAGUUCCUAAUGAAGAUCCUAACGGAACGCGGUUACUCAUUCACAACUACUGCGGAACGAGAAAUCGUCCGGGAUGUUAAGGAAAAGCUGUGCUAUGUCGCUUUGGACUUUGAGCAAGAAAUGACAACCGCUUCGUCAUCAACAUCAUCUGAUAAAUCAUAUGAACUACCUGACGGACAAGUAAUUACCAUUGGUAACGAACGGUUCAGGUGUCCAGAAGCACUGUUCCAGCCGUCGUUCGUUGGAAUGGAAUCUUGUGGCAUUCAUGAGACAGUUUACAAUUCAAUCAUGAAGUGUGACGUUGAUAUUCGAAAGGACUUGUAUGCCAAUUCCGUACUUUCUGGUGGUACCACCAUGUAUCCAGGUAUUGCUGACCGAAUGCAAAAGGAAAUCACAGCAUUGGCACCAUCAACGAUUAAGAUCAAGAUUAUCGCACCACCCGAACGUAAAUACUCUGUGUGGAUUGGUGGCUCAAUUUUGUCAUCACUUUCCACUUUCCAAACGAUGUGGAUCACCAAGAAGGAAUACGACGAAUCCGGACCGGGAAUUGUACACCGAAAAUGCUUCUAAAUCAAUCGACUGCUCUAUUCACAUAAAACGUUCAUUAUUGCACACAUUAUACGACAACCAACUAAAUCGCACUGCCAAGCAAAUUCAAACAGCACCACAACUAACACCACUGUUAUUGUUGUCUUCGGAAAACUUGUUUUUCUUUCUUCGUUUGUUUUGUUUUUUAUUUUUUAAUUUUUAUUUUGAACUUUAUUAUCGAACGCAGGACAUUUUAAUGCUGCUAAAAUAGACUGACUGACACUUUUUAUUUUGCUUUAAUAAAAUUUUAAUUGAAACAAAAAUUCAUGUAUAAUAUAUUGGAACAAACUGAUUAUUCGAUUUUGCUUUUAGUUUUACGAAGUCACCGUCAAUAUCGGAUCUGUAGCCUGUUAGAUGUAAUAUGUCUCACUGUUUCAUCAUCUUUUCUUUUUUAAAUAAAAUAUUUAAUGUAGUUUCAA